CCCUCCCGGUACGCUGACUCUUUCUCUUUCUCUUUCUCUUUCUCUCUGUGUCUGUCUCUUCUGCAUUUUCUGAGAAAGAGAGAAAUGAAAACACACAGAGCAACUUUAAUUUUUAGAAAGGCACGUUCUUUCUUUCGUUAAUGCCUUGUUCAUCUUCUUUUCCCAAAACCCAAUUUCAGUUUGACCCGUUCUUUUCCCUUUCUCCUCCUCUCUCUCUCUCUCUCUCCCUUUUUAUCUUUUGAUUUUGACAGAAAGUCGAUAAUGGCAAUAGGCCAUCCUUAACGAGUCUGUUUGCAAAAUCAAGAAAGGAAGAAACCCAUUUGGCUCAUUUUCUUGAUUACCCAGAAGGAUCAAAGAAAACAAGAAUUUGGUUUCCAAAUGUCCAAACACUAGAUGUCUGUACCUAAUCUAGAAGAAACAAGGAGUUGGAUUAACCAGCUAGAGUUAUACCCAUCUCCUUGAUCUUAUCUUAGGGAUCAAAAUCAAACCCUAGAUAUUGAAUCUUGAACUUGAAUUUAAAAGAAGAGUGAUAGGGUUUGAAAGCAGAGGAAUUUGGGUUCACACCCAGAUGUGAAAUUUAUCUUUAUUUUUUUACCAUUGAUUGCUUCAUGGAAACACGGUUAUCAACUUUGAUCUUUGUGAUUUUAGGGCUUGUAUGCAACUUUCUUGCUUUUCUUGUUGAGUCUCAAUCACAAAAUGUUCCCGCUUCAGCAGCAUUUUUAAUCGUACAGCCGCCGCCGCCUCCUCCUCCACCAUCUCCUCCCCCACCCUCACCGCCGCCACCUUCUCCACCACCACCACCACCACCACCGCCUCCAUCACCAUCACCACCACCACCAACAUCACCACCGAGCUCAUUAUUAUCCCCGCCACCUCCAUCUCCUCCACCACCAGCAUCGUCGUCAUCACCACCACCACCACCACCACCACCACCAUCAUCGCCACCGCCAUCGCCACCACCACCACCAACUCCAUCUUAUACAAGCAACACAUCACCCCCACUAAGGCCUUCAUUAAGAGGACCAUCUUCAAAUGGGAGCAGAAAUAGCCACGGAAGCUGGACGAGGCAUAAUCGACCGCCACCAAAGAAUAGUAAUCAUUCAAUGAAUACAGGGAAAAAGAUUGGAUUAUUGUUCGUGGGUAUUGCUGCUAUUUUACAGAUUGGUGUUAUUGGGUUUUUGGUAUUUAAAAGAAAGCAGCUUUUGAGGGUCCAACAUAGAUAUGAAAAUUGCGCUUCUUGAAUAUUCAUUCAGCAAUGCCAACAAGUUCAUAACUUUUGAUGGUUUUAGAGGAUUUUUAAUUGAAAAUUUUAAAUUCUUUGUUCAGAUUCUUUGGUGGCCAAGCAUUGAUUUGUGGAUAUAGAAAUGGCAAAUUGGAUCGAUCGGAGGUUUCGUUCUCUUAAUUUAGGUCCUUGACUUCUUUCUGUAAAUGGGAAUUUGUUGAUUGGUAUUUUGUUGAUCUUCUUCUUGCUGUUGAGUUUCUUUUCUGUAAUGUAGUUUUGUUCACACGGCUUAUAAUUCAGAGAAGGGUCGACCCAUUUUUUGUCAUGUCAUAUAUUUCGUGCUAACAUAAAUGUAAACUAUGUUUCAAAUCAUGGAAAUUGGAAGGAUUGCAAUGAGAAGUUCUAGUUCACAUUCUUUUUA